CGGGACUGUUGUUGGGGGAGGGGACGGUUUUGAGCGGUGCACUCGGGACUGUGGGCGGUGAAAGGGUCAGGUUUGAGCGGCGGACCCCGGGCUGUGGGCAGUUAUUUGCUUCGUUUUCUUGUUAUUGAGGCCGGGCUGUGCUCAGGAUCAUGUCGGCAAAGCCCAGCCUCCUGAUUGUUGUCAGCGCUGCUGCUGAAGGUGUAUCUGCACAGUCAUUUUAUCAUUCCUAUACACUAUGUAACGCAACUUUUAACCUUCAGAUUGCCACUCCAGGGGGGAAGCCGAUGGAUUUUGUGGAACUGGAUGAAAAUAACAUACGCUGGAUCCAGGACUUCCGUGUGAAGCCAUACUCAAAUCCAGCUAAGCUGGAGUCAAUUGAUGGUGCGAGGUACAAUGCUAUCCUGAUUCCUAACUGUCCUGGUGCUAUGGUAGAUCUUGCAACCAGUGGAUACCUGGCCAAGAUUCUCCAACAUUUCUGUGCUGAGCAAAAACCAAUUUGUGUGGUGGGACAUGGAGUUGCUGCUUUAUGUUGUGCAACCAACCAGGACAAGUCAUGGAUAUUUGAAGGAUACAGCAUCACUGGACCCUCAGUCUUCGAGCUAGUAAGGAGGAAAGAUUUUGCAAGCCUUCCAGUCAUUGUGGAGGAUUUUGUGAAAGACUCUGGAGGCACCUACAGUGCUAGUACACCUGAUGCUACACACGUUGUGAUUGAUAGGCACCUUGUAACUGGACAGAAUGACCAAUCUACACUCAUUGCCAUCCAGAACCUCAUACUUUUCUGUAAUACAAGGAAAUGAUUGCACUUUAUUUCAUGAUCGUAUUAGGAUUCAACAGUUUGAUGAAAUGGAACUAUCAAAAAGGCAACUCCCCACAACCAAUAAUAAAAACAGGAAAUCAGCAAACCAUGUCAGAAAAAAGCAGACCCUUAAACACUGAGAAGCUACCGCAGUCGCAUUCGAGGCCAGCCAAGCUUCCGAUUUCAAAUGCAUGUCUGAGCGGACACGAGAUUAUGAACUUCUUUUGAAGUUUUAGAUUGAACAAUUAAUAUAUAGCUGAUUAAAAGUGAACCUGCUUUUAUUAACUGUGACCAAAUAAAUGUCUUGAAUUAA